UUUAUGUUUUCAGUUUACUUAAAAUACAUGUCUUUGUUAUGUUAAAAUAUUUUUUUCUAAUAAAGUCCAUGUAAUUGUGUCUUUGGUUAUGUGUACAAAAUAAUUAUGCGUUGGUUGAUCACAAAACAUUUAAUUGAAGUGAAUUAUGAUUGAAAUACUUAUGACAUCCAGAAGGUGGCAGUAAGAAGAAAAUUCAAAUGCUUCACACUACACGUGCGCAAACUCUGAAUCAACUUUCUUGUUUUUGCCGGUGAACUUGCCAACGGUCGUCACCAUUUGUCUGCGUUUCUGGCUUGAGAGAGAGCAGUAGCCAGUGCAUGAUAAAACUACACUACCUUCGGUCUGCUUUUACCCCGCCGACCCCCAGGCAGACUGACUCAUUUGGAUGAUGGCUGCACCAGUAAAACUACGGAUUAUCCUUGGUUCCAACAAUGCUGAAAAACUGACCAUAGAAUCAGGCAUGCCAAUGUCUGUUGAGGAUCUUGCAAAUGAGAUCAAACGUCAGUUUGAUAUAGAGGAGGACAUUAGACUCCAGUACAUGGACAGUGACUUUGAUAACGAAUUUGUUAACCUUAACAAAAUUUGCGACAUUCAAGACAAGAGCACAGUGAAAAUCAUCUGCUUGUCAGAUGCUCUAGACCUCAGCCAAGGCAGCAUGAACCAGAGUGGGGAAGAAGCAUCCUUGUCAUCUUCUGACACAUUAAAACUCUCCUCUGAUUCAGAAUCUUCUCGAUCACAUUGGCCCACAGAAUUCCAAAUUCCAAAGUUUUCAUAUGACGUGGAGAUGCAACUUCGAAGUGCAAACCAGGACUUUGUAUCAAAUAGAGUUCUUCUGACCCCCGGUCAUAAACUUAAAUCAGACAUCUUGGAAAGUCUGGCUCAGGAAAUCAUCAAGUUCAAGGCAUAUCCCUCAAAGUUGGAAAUUGAAUCUGUUGCUGAAGCUUUAAUCAAAGCACAUCCAUGUUUGAGAGAACAGAGAUCCUUCUGUGGUUUCUACGGCUGGAAAAUAAGCCUCAAGUAUAAGAUGGCAAACUACAGGACAAAACUUAGAAACUUGGGGUGCCCAGAACUGAGCAUCAAUUCCCUCAAGCACAAACCUGCAGAUAGAUGUCAGCCCGCCUAUGAUGUCAAAAAACCAAGGAAAGCCGAAGUCAAUUUUUUCCCCCCCUUUCCUGCUGGAGAGACCCAGGACAGCCUUGAAGGGGAAAGAUUGGCGUUGUUAUCUGAGGUCAAGAAGAGACAUAAUGAUAAAGUUGUCAAAGAAAAGAUGGCUAAGACCUUCGCAGAAGGCAAGAGGUCGUCAGAGACAAGCCCAUGAUCAUGGAGUUCAAGAUCAGAUGGCCAGGACUCUUCACUGUCGCAGAGGUGGAAGCAGAAUUUGUGAGGAUCACUACUGGUCCCCUUGUCUCAAAGUUCCAUGCACAGCUUGACCAACACACUGCCCAGCUCAUCAAAGUGUUCAAGAAGAAAGGAGGCUCUGCAGGGACUACCAUCAGAAGGAUUUUGGUCCCAA